UAUAGGAGCAAACUCCAGAAAUACCGGCGAAAAAUCAGCAGAUGCUAAGAGUUCAGGAGGAAUCAAGCCAGUCUGUUAAAUAUUGCCUCGAUAUCGAUAAUUGAUUACUAGAAGUAACUUAUAGUUAUGUGAAAAUGCAUAGGUCACGUGAUUACUUACAAGAAAUAUGGCGGAUACCGAAGCAGAUCCGACUCAAGGCUCAUUAGAGAGUGAGCCAGGAUCAAGUAAUAAGGAGAAACUAGCCGAUAGUACUACACAAGAUGCAAGCCCAUCAGUUUCAGAAAGUAAAACUGGAGACACAAAUGGUGUGGUCUCCUCAACUUCAUCUUUGGGUUCAUGUCAAAGUUCAUCAUCAAGUAUAGCCUCUCCACAGACUGUAUCAUCUUCGUUUAUUUCACCAUCUCGUCUUAGAUUUUGUAAGCCUUCUGUUACAGUUCUGGGUGUUUCCACAUCAUCUAACCCAGUUCUUGCUGCUAGUAAAAUGAUGCCAAACCCUUUUGCUCCUAAAGCCUCCCUAAAGAGUGAAACUGUAUCACUGGCAUCUAUAACAUCACAGUCUUGUGAAGGUAUUAUUGCACCAAGUCGAUUUGGUGCAUCCCGCCAAGCUGAUCCAGAUUCUACUGAUGGAAAACGUAGUGUUUUCUGGAACACAUCCCUUUUAGCUCCCUCUAAAUUUAAUGUUCAGUCUUCUCAGAAUGUUCACUCUUUGAUCAAACCUGCCACUUUACCAGACCCUACAAAUAAAAAUUCUGUUGAUAAAAGUCAACAAGAUGCUGACUCGUCGUCAUCGAAACGAGUUGGUGACACUGCAGCGCCAAAAGAAAAUGUCUCUUCCAACAGCGAUUUAAACCAGCAGAAAACUGCUGAUGGUGGAAUUACAACCACAACUGGUGAUAAUGACACUACAUCAUCAUCAUCUUCAUCAUCAUCAUCAUCAUCUAAGUUCUCCACACCAAUUUUUAGUAGAGUUGGCAAUAACAACAGUCCUGUGAACCUCCACACUGGCCAGACUAGUGUAAAUAAUAAUACCGAAGCUGCUGCUGCCACUACUACUACUUCUACUGGAGGAGAAUUUCUCUUUGGUACCAAUCUUCAUGAACGUGUGGUUGGUCUUAAUCAAAAUUCAGAAAAGAGUAAUAAUUGUUCUGGAUUUGUGUUUGGGGAAAAUCUUGCUGAUAGAGUUGUGGCUGCCGACAAACCAUCCUCUCCCCUUCCAGAUCACAAUGACUCGUCUGAAGAAAUCACAAAUAACGAGAAACCCUGCCAAUCUCUUGAAGAAUCAGCUCGAGAAUAUCAAAUGAAACAUGAUGUCAGAACAGAAUACAAAGAGAUUGAAGUAAAAACUGGUGAAGAAGAUGAGUCCAAUGUUUUACAGUCAAACUGCAAAUUAUUUGUAUUUGACAAACCUACCUUGGUGUGGAUAGAGCGAGGCCAGGGAGUUUUACGGUUGAAUGAUUUAGUGGGAAAUGACUCAGAAAAAUUUCAGUCCCGAUUAGUAAUGAGAUCACAAGGAAGUUUACGAGUGAUAUUGAACACUAAAAUCUGGACAGGAAUGACCGUGAAAAAAGCCAGUCAGAAGAGUGUACGACUAACUGCCACCGAUGGUGAUGGAGUUAAAGUAUUUCUCAUCGUAGCUAACCCUAAAGACAGUGACAACAUAAUGCGAGCCAUCGAAUGGAGGAUACAACAAUUGAAAACUGAAGAAGAGGAACUUGAAAAACGAAAUGCAUCCAAAAGAAAAUCAGAAUCUCAAGACAGAGUUUCCCCUAAGAAACUAAAGAAACUUCCAGAAUUGAGUGCAAGUGUUUCUUCUGUGGAAUCAAAAUCAAUCUCAAAAGAAGAAUCUGAUAGUAGUGUACUGGACCCUGAGACAGAAGCAUCCAACGAAAGUUAUACUUCAUCCCAGACAGUUAGAUCGGAAUCAGACUAAGAAAAAUAAUUGCAGCAAACUGAGUGGUUAACAAUCUUCUGGAUAAUCUGACUUUCGAAGUGGAAGAUAAUAAAAUCUUAUGGAAAUUACAUCUGCAGAUUCAAAAUAUAAAUUUGAUAGAGCCUGAACAAAAUAUGUAUGUGUAUGUGUUGAUGUGUGUGCGUACAUAUGUUUGCGUGUGUAUGUGAGUGAGUAUGCAUGCACAUAUUCUCAUACAUGCAUGUGGGUAUACUUUGUAUGUAUGGGUGUGAUGUAAUUAGCGUAUAAGUGAUCAAUUAUCUCCAGAAAAAUACCUUUAGGUUAAUCCAACAGGACAAGAAAGUGUUUGGAAUUUUGGUCAGUGCUUGCGGUGACAUAAAAGUAUGUUCCCUGAUGGCAUUUCCAGUGCAAGAAUUGGAUAUAUAUUCACCUAUACAGGCUGGCAGUUUGGCACCUGUUCUCUGUAGCAUUUCUUUCUUCAGGGUUUCUUUGUUGUUUUUGUUUUUUUUUUUUUAUUUUUUUUUUUUUUUGGACUCCAAGCAAAACUUGUUGAAAACAACACAAAUUACUAAGAAGAAUGUUGAGGAAAAUGAGAGAAAGAUGAUUGGGAAUGGGGGUUGGGGUUACUAAAAGAUACAUUUUUAUUAUGAACUGAAAGGAAUAUUGGAAAAGUGCAGGGGACAGUUUAUUUGAACUAUAAAAUAGGAGAGUACAGCAAAAACAAAGGACAUUUUCUGAUAAGACAAUAAAAAAAAAAUUGAAACAUU